AUGCCCGACGGUCCUGAUACGGCUUGGUUUUUGACCGCGGAAGAGAAGGUCGCUGCUCGUCAUCGGCUCUCUGAAGAUCACGACGGCGGCGACAAGACAUCCUUUUCUAUGGCACAACUCAAGGAGGCUGCAUUCGACUUCAAGACAUAUGCUGCGUUUGCUUUCGGUAUCCUCGUCACUGCUCCGGCUCCAGUGCUCACUCCGGAUGUAUUAUGCUGCUGGUACUACCUCUUCAAGGCUGGCCCAUAA